AUGGCGCCUGCUGCGAAGAGCACCACGCCGGGACGCCGCAAGAAAACGGACAAUCAAUACUUUGACGUGGGCAAGGUCGGCAGAAAAACGGGCAUCACCCUCAAAGACACGGGCAUACGCGACGAACAUGGAUUGGAACCGGUUUCUGGCAUUUUCUCAUCGCCAACUUCACCCGAUCAGAAUGGUGGCAGGACGCUCACGAGCGAGGGAAUGGACCUGGAGGAUGAUUCCGCGCCGGACAUUACACAGACUUUGACGGGACGCAGGGUUCACAUGCCUCCGCCACGCCAGACGACACCGCGACACACGAAUAUUGGAUCUCCCAAGCGCAUGUCCUCUGCGCGACCCACCUCGCGAUCAGCAGUAGAAGAUGCCGCUUCUUCACAACCUCUAACAAACGCGCCUGCGAAUCGCAGAUUGGACUUUGCAGGGACCAAUCGAAAUCGCAAGAGUGUUAAUGUAGUCGAUGGAAGCCCCUUCAAACCGAGAAAGAUUCUACGGCGUUCGGACGGACCCGUGCGAAGAAGCAUCUACGAACAAGUCGACGAGGAGGAGGAAGUUGAGGAUGAGGCUGCGGUGGAUCCCACGAUUGCUGGCGUGGAGGACGACAGCAUCGAGCACUCCAUCGAAGACAAUGAUCAGAUUAUGAUGGAGGAUGAUGUGCCGGAGGUGGAAGAUGACCAGAGUGCGAUUAGUGUGACCGAGACUCAAGCUCCCGCGAAAAGAAAGCCCGGAAGACCUCGAAAAUCGGAUCAAUCGAACGCAAGUCUGGUUCAGCAUUCGCCGCAAGUGGAAAGAACGAGCUCAGCAGGCAAAAAGCGAACCCGGACAAGCAUGAAUGACACGGACAACAGCAUCUCUCAAGUACCAGUUAUAGCAUCUGGGUCUCGGCCAAAGAAGAGCCGGACCUCCAACACAGGAAGCAUUCCUGUUCUUCGCGAUAGUUACGCUGGCGAUGACGACGCAUACCCCAUCGAAGUUGAAGACUACCCGGAAGAUGAACAGCCCGAAGAGAUGGAGGUGGAUGCUCAACUCAAUUCACAACUUCAAGAAGAGCCGGAGCCGCAGCCGCAGCCCAGAGGCAAGGGCCGACCAAAGGGCAAAGGGAAGAAGGCAAUAGCGCCCAAAGAAAGGGAUGCAAAUCGAUCCAUGCAGAAGAAGGGAAGCCCCGUAAAAAUCAAUGAUUCGCCUUCAAAACGGCAUCGUGGCGGCAGCGCUGGUCCCGUUAGUAACGUCCAGCUGCGAGCAGUCACACCCUUCGAUGACUCCAACCAGACGACUUCACGCGCGGGGAGGAAUCUGAUUCAGCCAUUGAAAUUUUGGCAAAACGAAUCACUAAUAUGGAAAGGCGGAGAGAUUGAGGGCGUAAUUCGUGCGGACCCUGUCGAGCAGUCAAGAGCGGCUAGCAAAAAAAGGAGGAAGAGCAAAAAGCCCAAACGUUCAAAACUUAACGCCAUCGAAGAAGAGAGCGACACGGAAUCGAUACUGCCAGAUGAGUGGGAAGAAGAGAUGGGAGUCAUCACUGGCAAUAUUGCGGCCUGGAACCCACUCACCAACACCGCAGACCCCGGCGGCUCCAAACAAGAAGACAUCGCAUUCGCCGCUUCGUCGAUUGUCACACGAGACGUUCCCGGGUCUCAAUUCAAGUACGCAAAGAUAAUGACUCUUCCCUUCUUCGGCGCGGGCGUGGUAGAGCUGCCACCGGGCGGUUUCAAACGAGCCAAGAACAGCCGGAAGAUGCAAAUGGUCUUCUUUGUGCAUGAAGGCAAAGUUCUGGUGGAGGUGGGCGCGACGGGGUUAGAGAUUAACGAGUUUGCGCUCAGCAAAGGCGGUUGUUGGAUCGUCCCCAGAGGUAAGCUUCUCAUCCCAUUCCCAGAUUCCUUCCUUCCCCCAGCGAGCACUGCAUACCCCAUCCGAACCGACGUCGUCUGGCUUCCAACCUGGAUUGCUCGGUUCCGCACAAGUCAUGGCCGACUUCGAUCGACUUUUUCCACGAACCCGGAUCCCUGUCAAUGGCUGGUCAAUCCCGCGAGGCGGUGA